AUGCCGCCAUCUGUCAAGGAGAAGUGGGAUGCUAUGUCUCAUGAUGAACGGAUUGUACUCACAGAUCUGCUGCUGAAGAAGCUGGAAGAACAACGUGCGAUGCAAGUCCUUUCUGUUCAAAAUGUCUCGAUCAAUGCAUUCCACGAUGUUCGCAGCAACCUUACGAGCAUUCAGGACCAGAUUGAGGCCUUACAUGUGCGCACUGGGACGGAGGUUCUCAUGGUCACCAUUAGAUCUAGCAAUGACCAUUUCAAUUGGCUGCAUGUCUUCUUCACGAGCAACUGCCUUUCCGACUUUUUCGCUGUCGUUCUAAACAUGCAACUCACCGAUAUUGCCAUGCAGAUGGAAUCAUACUGUCUUAGCAGUAUACAAGGCCUGAUUAACAACUCUCACGAUCAGAUGAUGGAACUCAAGUCGCACAUCACCAAAUUGAUCAACGACCAGUUUCGUGAAGUCACAGACGGCGGUGCUACCAGACUGUACUACACCAAUUUCGACAAGAAGAUAAUGGAGAAAUAUGGAGUUGUUAUCGAAGGCUGGCCACUCACGAAGUUUUGUUCACCGAGUGAUGUCAGGUCUCGCUCUGAAAUUGAGAUUCUUUGCCGUGCAUGGGAAUCUGGGGAGACGCAGUUCCACAAGCUUUCCCACAAGGAGUAUGAGGCAUGGAGUGACGCGCAAUUUCAGACAGCUCUUGACAUUCACCGCAACGGGGAGGAGCAUGCUGAUGAUGACACCAACAAUGAGACCGGUCUCAUUACCAUCUCCCCGCCCCUCUCUGUGAAUGUCGGGUAUCAGACUUUGACUUAUUGCUCCCAAAUCAAUAGCAUCACUCUCGGGCAACUGUCGGGUCACAACCGUGUCAUGGCACUUAGAGUGGUUGGGCAUGAGUGA